GGAUGGUAGUCAAGGGGUUUGUAUAUUGUGAUCGGCAAGUCACAUUGUAACGGACCCAGCAGCCUGUUGGAGAAUGUUACAAAGCGAAGCCCUGAGCAGUCAAAUGGUACAACAUACACCUGAAAACGGACCAACGGGAGAGAAGGCAUGCGGAAAUGCCAAUACACACUACAGUAGGAGUUGUCAGGAAAGGCCGAUGGACUAACUUGAUAAAAUAGCGUUUAUCUAGUACACAGAAAUGAAUCAUAUUAGGAAACAUUCACUGACGGGACAGUGUGGUACAUUAUUUGUGAUUUAAAAUUUGUGAAUUAAAAAAAAAUAAAAAAAUGAUGGAAUUAAUUGACGGAUUAGAUACCAGACUAACAAAAACACCUUUGGUCGAUGAAGGAUAUUUGUCGGGUCGCAAUUCAUGCGUUUGCAGCCGUAAAAUCGUCCGGAAAAGAACUGGUACUUCGUCUGUUGUUACAGAUAAACGCUCAACCGGGAGAAAGUCUGAGAAUCUAAGCCGUUACAGCACUCUACUGUCCCUUGGGGAUUUAGGGAGGGGAUCUACAUGGGCGGAGGUGGAGAGGGGAAUCACAGAGGACAGCGGGAGGGGGACAAGAGUAGAGGCAGUGAAGGGCAAGGAAAACACAAUAGAUUCUAAACCGGAGGAGGCGAGUCGACAGAGGACAGAUGUUACGAGUGGUUUUGGGGUGCCGUCUCUCUCAGACAGUGAUGAAUAUGACACAGAUUUGGAAGUCAUAACUCUGAAACCGGCAGAUGAGGAAGACAAGUAUGUGUGCCGUAGUGUAUACCAAAAGGUGUGUGAAAAUUGUGGGGAGGCGCCGCAGAGGACAGUCAUGAGAGAACUUGGUCGCCGCUGUAUCGACCUUUCCCAUCGAAACCUUGGAACCGCUGGCAUGCAACCCAUCUGUGCAGCAUUAUUGGAAAACUUGCGGGUGGAGACUUUAUUGCUAGAGGGGAUGGACAUGAAAGACGAGGGUUGUAUGUAUCUCUCUAAUCUCUUACUCGACAACCUCGUUAUCACACGCCUGAAUUUGACAACUAAUAACCUUGGAUAUGACGCCGCCCGAUAUCUUUCCGUCGCGUUGGGCAAGUCAAAAACACUGCUUCAUCUAAACCUAUCAGAUAACAAACUUGAUGACGAUGCGAUGGUUUCCCUUUCCAGGGGACUUGCUAGAAACGAGUCACUACUUACUCUGAACAUCAGUAAGAACUUUGUCGGAGAGGAAGGAGCGAAGGCGCUCGGCGCGGCGAUUGCUGAAAAUAGUCGCCUUGAUGAACUUAACGCUAGCUGGAAUUAUAUACGAGGAAAUGGUGCUGUCGGGAUAUGUAAAUCGUUCAAGGAAAACACAACACUACACAUUCUACAUCUGGCCUGGAAUGGGCUUGGGUACGAAGGCACUGUGGCCGUAUCGGACACUCUAAGGACAAACGAUUCUCUCCGCGAACUAGACAUCUCCAACAACCGACUGAACUGGACUUGUGCUGAGAUCCUCGCUAAGGGACUAAGGGGUAACUCAGACCUGGAGAUACUCAAGAUGGGUUAUAACCCAAUCACCACGACCGGAGCGAUGUCAAUAUUACAGGCAUUAGCGAACACAAAGUCUAGUUUGCGUGUCCUAGACAUGAUGAAUGUGAGUAUCCUUCCGGAGUCCGAACUAUUGGCACUGACAAUUGAGCAGAAACGGAAAUUCAAGCUGAUUCAUGGAGGAGUAGUUCGGUCACACGACACCCUUGGGGAGAAAAAAGAAAAACCAAUAGAUGCCAUGCAAAGGAUAUUGGACUACAUGAAAACUUUAGGCCUGCGUCCAGUGGAGAUGAUACGGGAGUUUGAUAAGACUGCCAACUACCAAGUGAGCCAGAAGGAUUUCAUCGCAAGACUUAAGUCGAAAGGCAUUCCUCUUCACAAAUUUGAAAUGGAAGAUUUGGCAAGACAAAUAGCUGGCAAAGGUGGAAAGGGACUCGACUACAGAAAACUGGUGGACUCCGUGAAGAGCCAUGUAGUUAAGGAGAGAAACGACAAAAUUAAGACAAGAAACAAGAAACAGAAGAGAGAAGCGUACCACAAGAGACUUCUUGCCCUCCGCCUUCCCUCCGAGGUAUUGUCGGAGCCAGAAGAAGACCAAAUUGGAUCGCUGGUGGAACUUCGAUCCUCCUCCGCAGCACUCACACAGAGUUACAGCAGCCUACAUUCGAUGUUGUCUUCACAACGGAGUAUGGCCAAAUUGCCUUCACUCGUAUCACAAUCCAAAGAAAGCGACUUUCCUUUGAAGACUUCACGUGGUAGCUCUGCUGUCUCUAUGGCUGGGCCUCUCAGUGGCGGCACCUAUCGGACGCCCAGAAAGAAGAUGCAUAAGAAGAACCGAGGGAUGGUUGUUUCCCAGGUGUCACUCGGACAAAUCAAGGCAUGAUAGUACAUAGCAUAUAUAG